AUGAAGGUGUACGUCGUCCUGUCAGCGCUUGCUCUGUGUGUCGUCGCCGAGCCGCCAAUCGACCGGUCUUAUCUGCCUCCCAGUUCUGAGAACGGAUCUCCCUCGGCCUCCUCUCUCAGUUCUCAGUACGGCGCCCCAGCAGCUAUCAGCCUCAACACACAAUACAGUGCUCCUUCAGCUGAGGGCCUCAGCACUCAGUACGGAGCUCCUGCGCUGACAGGCGCUGCCUCUGGUAGCGCAGGCGCUUCCAGCCAGGGUCCAGCUGCUCGCGUCUCCACCAGCUUUGGAAGCACCUCCUCCAAGAGGAUUGGAGCUGGCAGGAGGAUAAGUGGUGGUCUCUCCUCUCUCUAUGGCGCUCCUUCGGCAGCUGGCCAUACUACUGGCUUUGGAGGACUCGGCUUGUCUGCGCAGACCAGCGCCCCCCAUCUUACUCUGGUGACGUGCGUCCACUCAGAGCCGGCCAACUACGAGUUCAGCUACUCGGUGCAGGACGGCGAGACGCUGAGUGACUUUGGACAAGACGAGUCCAGGCAGGGGGAGAGCGCCCAGGGCCAGUACCGCGUGCUGCUGCCCGACGGCCGCAAGCAGAUCGUCUCCUACCAGGCGGACGAGGGCGGCUACAGGCCCACCGUAGAGUACCAGGACACCGGACUCACCGCCUACUCUGCAGGCGGAUACGGCUACGGCAGGGGCCGCGCCGGAGCUGGAGCUGGAAACGGUGGAUACCACUACUGA